CGCCAACUGCCGACCCUCAGUACGAAGUGAGCCGCGUCCCCAUGAACACCACCAAUAUGGUGUACGGGGUGUGCAACGCCGACACCGGCUACCACAGUCAGCCAUACUCGUCCGAGUUACAGCAUUAUUACGCGCAGUGUCAGUCCCACGAAGCAGUGCAGGGACAAACCUAUAUCCCACCCGCCCUCACGCCCACCGACCACCACCGCCCGCAGCCCACCAACCUGCAGGACGCCGCCCACGUCCCGUCCUCGUACACGAACUUGGACGACUACGGCGGCGUGGGGUAUCCCGCCCACGUGGCGGGGGGCAUGGGCGCCGCCGCCCAACACCACGUCUCCCAGGGCUACGACUACACGAGCGCCGUGCAGGCGGCGGCCGCGGCGGGAGGCGUGGGUGGCCAGACGGGCGUGAUGUCCCCGGCUGCGGGCGGGGGCUACCCGGGUUACUUGGACCCCGCCGCCCAAUACCGCCACAUGAGCAUGGGCCUCUACGCCCACCACGACGGCGUCAGGGACGCCUGCGGCGUGGGCGGCAUGAUGGGCGGCUCGCCCCACGGGCUGCCCCACCACCAGCCCCAGCAGUCGGUGCCCACUUACAAGUGGAUGCAGGUCAAGAGGAACGUGCCCAAACCAGGUAAGGAGAGAGAAGCCCCUGCAGAACGCCUUACUCUUCUUCUUGCAAACGGGAGGGGGAGGGAGGGAGGAGGGGGGCGCAGCUCCCCUUUUAUAGCUCUCGUUAAAAUGGGAAAGGGGGCGGGGCGGGGAAAGGGAUGGAGAACCGAAAAUUGA